AUGGGAACGUCGUGGGAAGGGGAGAUGCUCCAACGCACCAUGUCCAUGGCUGUUUCUGAUUUCUAUGCUCUCCAUUCUCACUUCAACACCAGGCUACUUCUUCGCUUCAUAAAUUCUACAAGAAACCAUCUCCAAGCUCUUUCCUCUGCGGAUGAUCUUCUGAACAAGUCCCCCGAACUCAGAGGAAUCAUUUCAAUCGGACCACGAAGGAGCCUAGAAUUAGAAUACCUAGCCAAGUUAUUUGACGAAAAAUUCGGAAUCCCUGUAAUUUCCAUCUCCUCUCGGCCACAAGUCAAAGAAGGAAUCGCUAAGUGUAUUAUCUGGGAUCUUGCCUCUGCAGCAGAGAAGGCAAGCAGAACAGCUGCGGAAUCACAUUCAUCCUAUUUUGGUGAUCUCGAGAAUUUUGCAGCACCAAUUGGGGAAUUUUCCGGUGUCGGGAACAGAGUGAUCUAUCGACCGAGUAGAAGUAGACGUCGUUCCCUUAAUGAGGAGGCCAAUGACGAAAAUAUAGUGAGAAAUCAUUCGAACUACUCAAGUUAUAAUGCGUCACAAAGUGGGGUGAUACCUAAGAAGCUGAGAGUUGGCGUGCCGCUCCAGGCAGGGUUUGAUGAGCUUUUCAAGGUGCAAGUUGGGCAGAAUUGGACAAUCGAUGUGAGCGGCUUCUGCGUAGAUGUGUUCAAAGUAGCAAUUCAUCUGCUACCGUAUGAAGUGAGUUACGAGUUUGUGCCGUUCGUAAAUGACCCUCAACCCAAACCUUGGAUUUACAACGACCUUGUUUAUCAAGUUUAUCUUCAGGUAGAUAUGUUCUUGCAUCCAAGCUCCAUUCAUUCUAUGAUACCAUGCAUAUUUUCGUUAUAA